AUGUCCUUAGAUGAAAAUACUUGCCAAGUUAAUCUUGAAAAUAUAGAUAGUAACUCUUCUCAAGAAAAUAUUACAAAUGAUUAUAAGAAUGAUGCUUUUGCUGAAAAUCAAGAGCUGCACUUUGAAGAGCAAGAACAGUACUCUAAAGAAGAACAAAAACAGCACUCUGAGGAAGAGCAAUGGUCUACUAAGCGACAAAGAACUACACAUCCUCUGUGA